AAAUAUUUCUCUCAUUUCGACCAACUCUUCAACAAAUCUUACACUUUGAUAAAGAAAUCAAGAAACAUUCACACAUUAAAAAAUGGAACAAAAUCUACCAGCUUUAGUGAAAAAAGUGUGGAACUUGGUGCGUGUGGUUUACUUCAUGCUAAGAAAAAGCAUCUCCAAGAGAAAAAUAUUGAUGGACCUCAACAUGAUGAUUAAACGUGGCAAGAUCGCCGGUAAGGCGUUGCAAAAUCUUAUGUUCAACCACCACCACCACCACCACCACAACUGGGCCGCGUUAACAACGAACCGCCGCCCCCACCACCUCUCCUCCCCUUCCCCACCACCAAGUGAGUGCGAGUUUAGCUGCACUACUAGCCCUGUCAAUACUAACUACACAUUGUCUCCGUUUUCCAAGAAACCCGUGGAGCAUGCAGUGCUGAAGGCCAUGGAGAUGGUUAAUCACAGUGAGACGGCUUCACCAGCCCUGCCUGGGUUCGGGAGGAGCCCGGUGGUUAGGCAACUAAGAGUUACGGACUCUCCGUUUCCGUUGGGUAGUGUGGAUGAGGACAACCAUGUGGAUGAGGCGGCGGAGAAGUUCAUAAGCCAGUUUUACAACGACUUGCGACGACAGAAUACCAAGGCGUCGUUUAGUUCGCCUUGAAUUCGCAGAGGCAGAACCAGAGGAGUCAAGAGGGUCCGUUGUCCCUAAACCAGAGAAAAGAGUGUUAUGAUGAGUGAUGACCUCGAUAAUAAAACUUGUGAUUAUGAAUUGGUAUAGAGGCCUUUUAUUAGUUCUUGUUUUCAACUUACAAGUGAAUUUUAGAUGGAGCUUGUAAUAGUUAUUUUUAAGAGAUUGGUGUACAUUACAAUCUUGUAUAUUAUUACACAAAAUAAUAAUAAAAUAAAGUUGGACA